AUGGCGGCGGAUUUGACGGCUGUGGCCAGAGGCGGGGACCUCGGGGGCUGCCCGGCCAGCGACAGCUUGAAGCUGUCCAAGUGCCCGGACGCAGCCCCGAUCCGGCGGCGCACUUCAUCGCUGUCACGGGAUGCGGAACGCCGAGCCCACCAGUGGUGCCGGGAGUACCUGGGCGGAGCCUGGCGCCGGGUGCGGCCGGAGGAGCUGAGGGUGCACCCCGUGAGUGGUGGCCUCAGUAACCUGCUCUUCCGCUGCUCACUUCCCGACCACUUGCCCAGUCUUGGCACGGAACCCAGGGAGGUGCUACUUCGGCUGUACGGGGCCAUCCUGCAGGGUGUGGACUCCUUGGUCCUUGAAAGUGUGAUGUUCGCCAUCCUCGCUGAGCGAUCACUGGGGCCCCAGCUCUAUGGUGUCUUCCCUGAAGGCCGUCUGGAACAGUACAUUCCAAGUCGGACCCUGAAAACUCAGGAGCUUCGAGAGCCAGUGCUGUCAGCAGCCAUUGCCACCAAGAUGGCCCAGUUCCACGGCAUGGAGAUGCCUUUCACCAAAGAGCCUCGCUGGCUGUUUGGGACCAUGGAGAGGUACCUCCAGCAGAUCCAGGACCUGCCCCCUGCAGACCUCCCUCAGAUGAACCUGCUGGACAUUCACAACCUGAAGGAAGAGAUGAGCAGCCUUAGGAAGCUGCUGGACUCCACUCCAUCACCAGUGGUCUUCUGCCACAAUGACAUCCAGGAAGGAAACAUCUUGCUGCUCUCAGAGCCAGAAAAUGCAGACAGUCUCAUGCUUGUGGACUUUGAGUACAGCAGUUACAAUUACAGGGGCUUUGACAUUGGGAACCAUUUCUGCGAGUGGGUUUACGAUUACACUCAUGAGGAGUGGCCUUUCUACACAGCGAAGCCAGCAGACUACCCAUCCAGGGCACAGCAGCUCCACUUUAUUCGCCAUUACCUAGCAGAGGUGAAGCAAGGUGAGACUCCUUCCCACGAGGAACAGAGGAAGCAAGAAGAUGACUUACUGGUGGAAGUCAACCGGUAUGCACUGGCUUCUCACUUCUUCUGGGGUCUCUGGUCCAUCCUCCAGGCGUCCAUGUCCACCAUCGAGUUUGGGUACUUGGAGUAUGCUCAGUCUCGAUUCCAGUUCUACUUCCAGCAAAAGAGGCAGCUGAGUAGUGUCCACCCCCAGCCCUGA